UUGACACAAAGAAGACGAUGGACAGCUGACCAAAACGAAUCUAUUGUGAGAAAUUACUAUAAAAUCACCAAACUUGAAGAAAAUAAAUCAGAUUACCGUAGACCCCUCCAUCAAGCAGUCAUAGAAGAAAAUCCUGAGUUAACAGGUGUAAGAGAACAACGAAUAUCAGAUCAGCUCAGAGUAAUAUUGAACGAUAAAAUGAUUAAUGACCAAAGACUUCAAAAGAUACGUGACAAUAUAUCAAGCAACCUGAAUUCCCGACGAGACAAUAUGGAAAAUAAUUCAUCACUUAUCACAUCACAACACACGAUCCUUACACCCGAAACCGAAAACUUACAAGAAGCCGAUGUUCAUCCAUUCAUUAUAGAAAGUAACACUCCCGUGCAUACACUUAGCUUAACCUUACAACCUCAACCUGACGAAUCAGUGAUAUUCACUCAAGCCUCUGAACCUCAAAAAACCAAGCAAUAG